AUGAUGCAGCUGAAGAUGAUGGCUCCAUCGAUGCAGAUGAGGGGAUUCUCAUACAAACCGCAAAAAUCUGAGUUGCCAGACAUCAACGUGGACGCUUUUGAAGAUGAAUCAGAGCUCUUGAAGUUUUUGAGGGCUUACCACCCCACAUACUGUGUUGUUAAUCAGCAAGAGGAGAUGAAAAAAUAUCUGGCUCAAGUAGAAAGGAAGAAGAAAUAUGAAGCCGAAGCAAGGGAUGCCCGUGAAAAAGGGAAUACGGCCGAGGCCGAAUCGUGGGCUAAGUUAGCAGAGGAAGCUGGCCAAAAGGCACAGGAACACCUUGAGAGUAGCGAGAAUAUGAUUGCGUACGAAAACUUCUGGCUUGGCAAGAUAAAUGAAUUUCGUGAGUACCAGAAGAAGAAGAAUGUUGUUGUCUUAACACCUGAUAACUUCCAUGAGAUUGUACUGGAUCAGAACAAAGAUGUCUUGGUCGAGUUUUAUGCCCCAGGGUGCGGCCAGUGCAAGUCCCUCGUGUAUACAAAGGUAGCCGAGGUGUUUAAGCAUGAAGAAGGUGUGGUCAUAGCCAAGUUGGAUACUGAUGCUCACAAAAGCCUUGGCGAGAAGUAUGGAGUAAGUGGAUUCCCAACCUUAAAGUUCUUCCCAAAGGACAACAAAACCGGUCAGGAGUAUGAUGGUGGAAGGAACUUAGAUGAAUUUGUAAGCUUCAUCAACGAGAAAGUUGGAACCGGCAGAGACAGCAAAGGGAAGCUUACCUCAAAGGCUGGUAUAGUGGAAAGCUUAGACACGUUGGUAAAGGAGCUAGUUGCAGCCAGUGAAGAUGAGAAGAAGGCAAUCUUGUCUCGCAUCGAAGAGGAAGCUGGCAACCUUAAGGGCUCCACAGCAAGGUAUGGAAUGCUUUACACCUCACUUGCAAAGCAGUACACAGAAAAUGGUUCAGGCUAUGCUACCAAAGAAGCUAAGCUGCUUGGACGACUCAUUAGCAAGUCUACAAGUCCGCUGAAAGCUGAGGAACUCACUCUCAAGAGAAACAUCCUAAACACGUUUGCUUCUUCUUAGAAGCCUAAGAUUGAAGUUGCUUCUUCUUGUUUUUG